AUGGCGGUCGUCCUCUUGUAUAUAUUGUCCCACCUCCUGUCCUUCCUGUCUAUUCUUUCCUUCCCUCAUUUUGCUAUGACUGCCCCAGUAGACCCUCGACAAUCGCAACCACCAAACAACACAGUUGGUGAUGGAGCGGAUGGAGGUGUUCCUGCAUCUGCGAUCCAGCAGAGUACAUCUGAGCUGCCAGUCUAUGUACGCGAUUACGCACCACUCGUGUGGCUCUCAGGCUCGGAGCGGUACAUGCCGUCCGACAUCGCAAGCCAAGUUGCCAACACCAUCCCAAAGAUCAAUGGCGCCCCCGUUGCCCAAGCCCCGUCUCCACUGACCUUGAAUAAUCUGGAUCAACUCAAUGCGCAAGGUGGUAAGGACAUCUGGCUAACUUCGCGGGAAGGCAUCCCAGCGUAUCCCAAAUGGUUCGAAGGGGUGACCCCAGAUGGGAACCGAAAGACCAAUGGUGCCACUACUGCCGCCAUUGUGACAGUGGACAAGGGUAACGGCAACUUGGACGCAUUUUAUUUUUACUUCUUUGCCUUCAACCGAGGCAACACUGUCUUGGGACAGGAAUUUGGAAGCCAUGUUGGAGAUUGGGAGCACAAUAUGAUCCGUUUUCAAAAUGGAGUGCCACAAGCCGUCUACUUUUCUCAGCACGCUUCUUCGCAGUCAUUCACGUACAAAGCGGUGGAGAAGAAUGGCAUCAGGCCUGUUGCCUAUAUUUCAGAGGGGUCACAUGCUGUAUAUGCGACGACUGGCACUCAUGACCAUACAAUACCGAGACUAAACCUUCCAGGCGGCCUGGUCGAGGAUCAUUGCGAUCGCGGCAAAUUAUGGGAUCCCGUACUGAGCACAUACUCGUACCGAUAUGACCGCGUCUCUCAGAAGUUCUCCCCGUAUGAUCCGGGCUUCCCGGUUAACUGGCUCUAUUUUCUUGGACGAUGGGGAGAUGACGCGCCGCCCAAAGGCUCAGAGGGCCAAUUUGAGAUUUUUGGACAGAAGAGGUAUGUUGGAGGACCGACAGGACCGAUGGAUAAGCGGUUGGAUCGCGAGAACAUGAGUGGUGUCAAGAACGACAAUUGGGUACGACCUUUCCUAACUCCAUGA